AUGGCCAUGACAAAAUUAGACAAAAUUCCAUUUACACCUAUAAAGACAACCUUGUUCCAGCAGAAAGAAAAUGGUGAAACAUACAGAAUCCCAGCUCUCAUCUCCUUCAGAGAGGAGACAUCUGGGCAAGAGACAUAUUUAGCCUUUGCAGAAAAGCGCACUACUCCAAAGGAUGGGGAUGCCAAACUCUUGGUGAUGCGGAGGGGAAUUCGCAAAAAUGAAAACAUUGAGUGGUCACCAUUAGAAGAGCUGCAAAGUGCUAGUCUUCCUGGCCACCGCACCAUGAACCCCUGUCCAGUCUACGAGAGGAAUUCCAACACGCUGUUCCUCUUCUUCAUCUGUGUUAAAGACGGCGUAACAGAGAAACAGCAGAUACAAAAGCGUAAGAAUGCAGCCCGGUUGUGUUACAUCUCCUCCAAUGACAAAGGCCAGAGCUGGAACCAGAAAGAAGGCCCGAUAGAGAUUCCAAUUGGUGAACAUGUUAAAGAUUGGGCCACUUUUGCUGUCGGACCCGGACAUGGUAUUCAGAUGAAGAGCGGGAGGCUCAUCGUUCCAGCCUAUGCCUACAAGAUACCUACCUACUGCUGCUGCAGCUUCUGCUGCUGCUGUUGCUGCUGUGUUAAGCCUCAUGCCUUCGCCUUCUACAGUGAUGACCAGGGUGAAACGUGGCUUGUUGGGGAUCAGAUUGAUAAGGAAAGUUGUGAGUGUCAAAUGGCUGAGAUUAUCGACCAUGAAGGCAUUUCACAGUUGUACUGCAAUGCCCGUAAUACCAAUUGCUGCCAGUUACAAAGAGUGGAGGCUCUGAGCAAGAAUGAAGGAGCCAGCUUUGAGAAAGCAAACUUAGUCCCAAAGCUUGCGGAAGAGAGAAAUGGCUGCCAAGGUAGUGUGAUAAGCUUCCCCAAGCCCUUCUCAGAGGAUGAAGAUGGUGUUCAGAAGGACGGCCAGAGCGCAGCAAGAUGGCUGCUGUAUUCCCACCCCACCAGAAAGAGGGGAGACAUGGGGGUGUACCUGAACAAGUCUCCUCCAGACGCAUCAAGGUGGGAGGAACCCUGGAUCAUCUACCAUGGACCAAGUGCCUAUUCUGACCUGACCCACCAUGAGGGCACGGAACAAUUUGCCUGUCUCAUGGAAUGUGGAGAGAAAAAUUAUUAUGAGAAGAUUGUCUUUAUGGUAUUUUGCCUCACGGAUGUCAAGCCAAAGAUUUUAAACGUUAUCAAUAUUUGA